UUAUUCACAAAAUAUUAUUCACAUUUGUACAGUCCAAUUACUUGGAGGUAUAUUUUAGAAAAAAUACAAAAUGAAAGCAUUCGUGGUAGUAUCUUGUUUGUUGGCUGUAGCAUCAGCUAGUUAUUGGGCACCAGCUCACCAUGGUGCACAACACAUUCCAGUAAUUGGACCACAUGGUGUUCCAUUAGAACCACCAGCAAAUGUAGCUGCUCGUGCUGCUCAUGCUGCUGCACAUGCCGCUGCCGGUGGUCAUGGACAUUAUGUCGCCGCUCCUGCUCUUGCUUACGGACACGGACACGCUGCUGCUGCUCAUGGAUUACCACACGAUACACCUGAAGUUGCUGCCGCUAAAGCUGCUCAUUUUGCUGCACAUGCCGCCGCUGCCGGACACGCUGGUCAUGGACUUUAUGGUGCUGCUAUCGCUACUCCAUACGCAUACGCUCCAGCUUUAGGACAUGGUCAUGGUGCUUUACCACAUGACACACCUGAAGUAGCUGCCGCUAAAGCUGCUCACCUCGCUGCCCAUGCAGCCGCUGCUCAUGGUGGUCAUGGUGCUGCUCAUGGAGCUUACGAUGAUGGUUCAUACCAUGGUGAUUAUGCUCAUGGACAUGGCGCUUAUGGUGCCUAUGAUGAUGGUCAAUAUCACGGUGAAUACGCUCAUGGUCAUGGUGCUUAUGCUGCCAAUGAUGAUGGUCAAUAUCACGGUGAAUACGCUCAUGGAGCUGGUUCCUAUGGUGCCUACGAUGAUGGUCAAUACCAUGGUGAAUAUGAUCAUCAUAGCCAUCAUGGCUGGUAAUUACUGUUUUCAUGAAACAACCUUUGUAAAUAUUUUCGAACAUGUGUACCUUGUGAUAGUCUAUUAUUUUUGUACAGUAUUUUGUAUUUUUUUUGAAAACUAAAAAAAAAAAUGUGAUUAAAGCUUUUGAGAAUUAAUAUAAUUACAUAUGUUUUCAUUUUUAUUGAAUCCCGAAAUAUUUCAUAAAGUCGUAGUUGAAUGAA